AUGAAUGAUCGCGUGGAUCAAGAUGCCCCCUCUUCUUCUAGACGCAGGGUUCAGCUACCAUCUGAGGAUUCUGACUCAGAUGAUCAGCCUUUGGCUCAAAGACUUCGCCACCGAGCCCCCCAUCCCCGCCAAGACUCGGGUCCUUCCGCUAUUCCUUCUCCUUCAUCUCCUGUUGCAACAGCCACUCCUCCUUCGCCUCCUAUCGCAACCCCGACUCCUGUCCCGAGCCAGGCAGAUGCUCCUCCUGAUCCCUCCGCAGUUCCGGUCGAGCCUCCGCUAGCUCAACCUUCUACCUCGCAGCAGCAUCAGAGCACCGAGGCCGGCCCAUCGCAUCUCCCAGAGUCUUCUCAUGCGCCUCCUUCUGCUCCUUCUGGGUCAGCUGAUGGGCCUUUUAGCUCAGCUGCUGGGCUUUCCCAACCACCACCACCUGUUCCUCUUUAUUAUCGUACCACUGCUCCUUCUGAGGCUGAGUUACAGUCACGUCAAGAUGUUCCCACUAGCUCCCUGACAAUGAAAGAUGUCUCCUUUAUGUCCCAGGCUUGUGCAGAGUCCCUGAUGAUAAACCAAUCCUUCCAUGCUGUUCAUCACCAAAAUAAGAUGUUGAGGGACAAGGUAACUGAACUAGAGCUUCAAUUAAAUAAUCCGGCGCAGGCUAGUCAUGCCCUGAGAGCCGAAGUAAAGGAUCUAACCAAAAAGAAGAACCAUCUGGAAGUAUCCUUGGUUCAUACUAACCACAAGCUUAAGUCUCUUCAAGAAGAAAAAAGCCAGGUCGAUGUCGUGCAUCAGCAAUGCAUGGAUCAACAAGUUUUGGAGCAUCAGCGUGUUAUUGAUCAAUUGACCCAGAAGCUACGCGCCGCUGAAACUUUAGCGCAGGAGUAUGACAAGAAACUAAAAUCCCAGGCGGCCCAAUUAACAUCUCAAUCAGCAGAACUGUUGGCCGCCCAAACUGAACUGGCUUAG